AUUAAAAUAACAAUCAACUUGCUUCCAUUGCUUCCAUCACAAAGUAACCUCAAUUCAUGUUCCUCAACUUAACUCUUCAACUCCUUUUACUUUAAUUAAAAAAUUCAAACCCAGUUAAUAACCUAACCUAACAAAAGUAAUAAUAAAAAAACUAACAAUGAUGUUUCAUAGAAGAAAAAAAGAACCAAACACAAACACAUUACCUCUUUCAACUUCACCAAUGCCUUCCAGAUUCAGAACUUCAUCACUAACGACGUCGUUUAAAUCAUUCCUUUUAGUUCUUUCAUUACUUCUUAAUUUCUAUUUUCUUUUAAUUCUGUGGGCCCCAUACUCCAACACUUUAGCACCUUCCUCCGUCGUAUCUCGUCUCACUUCCACCACGCGCCGCCAUGUUCUCUUCGCCGUCGCUUCAUCUUCUCUCUCAUGGCCACACCGUCAAUCCUACGUUAAUAUCUGGUACAAUAAAAAAUCAACACGUGUCCUUGCUUUUCUAGACGCGCCGCCGAGGAAUUCGUCGGAUGAGUCACCCCCGGUGGUUAUCUCCGGCGAUGUGUCUGGAUUUCCGUAUACGUUACAAGGAGGACUUCGGUCGGCGAUCCGUGUGGCGCGUGUGGUGAAAGAAGCGGUGGAUCGGAACGAAACGGAUGUGCGGUGGUUCGUGUUCGGGGACGAUGAUACAGUGUUUUUUGUGGAGAAUGUGGUGAAGACGCUUUCGAAAUAUGAUCAUGAACGGUGGUUUUAUGUGGGGAGUAAUUCGGAGAGUUAUGAACAGAAUUUGAUGUAUUCGUUUGAGAUGGCGUUUGGUGGUGGUGGUUUUGCUAUUAGUUAUUCACUUGGUAAGGUUUUAGCUAGGGUUUUGGAUUCUUGUUUGAGGAGGUAUGGGUUUUUGUAUGGAAGUGAUGCUAGGAUUUAUUCUUGUGUUGCUGAACUUGGUGUUACUUUGACUCAUGAACCUGGGUUUCAUCAGGUAGAUAUGCGGGGGAACUUGUUUGGGGUAUUGGCCGCACAUCCAUUAUCACCUUUGUGCUCCCUUCAUCACUUGGACGCUGCACAGCCUCUCUUUCCCGACAUGAAUAGAACACAAGCUUUGAGACAUCUUAUUGCAGCUACAAAUGUUGAUCCCACUAGAAUUCUGCAGCAAACUGUCUGCUAUGAUCGUUCAAAUUCAUUGACUUUCUCAGUUUCUUGGGGCUAUGCCAUCCAGGUUUUUCAAGGAAAUGUACUUCUACCUGAUCUCCUUGCGGCGAAAAAAACUUUCGCACCGUGGAGGAAGAUUCAUUCCAAUUUCAUGUUUGACACAAGAGACAAUCCUAGAGAUCCUUGCAAAAGGCCUUUUGUAUUUUACUUGAAAAGUAUUACAUCUGAUAAAAGUGGUAUUUGGAGCAGUUACAGUAGGUAUGUAGAAAAGAAGUGCUCUAAAUCAAAUCCUACACUUCCAAUGGAGAUCACUGUUUUUUCAAGAAAGCUGGAUCUUAGUAUUGAAGAGAUGAAAGCUCCCCGUCGUCAGUGCUGCAACGUUUUGCCAUCUAAAAAUGAAACAAUCAGUAUUCAUAUAAGACGGUGUGAAACCGAUGAACUGAUCUCCAUGGAAUUGUAGCACUUGUUUUGGGAGUCGCCACCCGUGAAGGUUUUGAAAUAUUCACGAGCUUCAAUGCUUGGUGGAGUCCAGUCCCAUGUUGUAACUGAUAUAAGGUGCACGCUUCUUUCAUCAAGGCUGGAUGAAGUUUGUUUCAAAGGGAUAUGUUUCCAUUUAGUACUUGAAUCAUUUUCUUAGUUUCAAAGUUGGAUGGAAGGUAAAUAGAUUUCUUUCAACCUUCAUCAAUUCUCAAUUACCUUUGUUAUGUCAUUCAACAAAGGGCGUUCAACGAGGGACGCUUCCAUAGGACUGCGAGCAAUAUGUUGGAGCUUAUGUCUGCUUUGCGGUAGAGAAAUAUUUUUGAUCUCUUUGCAAAGGAAAAAUAUGAACUUUGUAAGAUUGGUCAACCUAUCAAAGGUAGGUUUUGGUUCACCUGAAUAUUGGUCAACCUAUCAAAGGUAGGUUUUGGUUCACCUGAAUAUUGGUCAACAACCUCUCAAAGCAUGCCCCACCUGUGUGGCUUUUUUUAAUCCCUUGUGUAGCUGCAAAUUUCAAAUGGAUUAUUUCUCUGCAGUUGUACAUAUUGUUGCAUGUAUUCAUAUACACUUCUGAUGCACAAAAUUUCAAGGAAGAUUUCAUAUUUGGAGUGAGGUAAAACCUCUUACCCAAAGGACCAAUUUUGCUCUGGAUUAUAAUCCCAAAGGGGACCAUGUGUCACUGUAGCUUGUAAGCUAACUGAGGUUUUGUCUUGAAAUUCUGCAAAUGUAUUGUAACUUUUUUGCUUGUUGCAUAGUUAGUACAUUAUUUUUUGUCAAGCAAUAGUGGCUAGAUUCACACAUUUUAAGUGUGGAUGAAUAAAGUAUCCGGGGUUCGAACUCCGACCCCUAUAGAUAAUGUCUUCAGAAGUGUUACCAACUAAGCUACACUUGCGGGCUGCAUAGUUGAAAUUUUUUAUGCAUGAGAUAUGAUUCCGAUAUA